UACCAAAUGAACUCUGUUUCCCAGGCACUUCCGGUUCCAGAGAGAAAAUGAAACUGAAAGCAGAACUUCCUGCUGCAACGUCUUUGCUGGAGUAUCUUUCUUCUCUCCUCUGAUUCUUUUCUCUCCAUGUGUCUUUUUGUUUGUUUGUUUGUUUUUAACUAUCUACUGAAACAUGAAGUGCAGAGAUUUCAUGGCCAGGUAGGGUGUCAGAAGAUUCCAGAAGGAUUGUCCUUCCUUAUACUGCUGACCUGUGAACCCCUGUUUAUCAUGAUUGGGAUUUCUAAGUGCUCCAUGUCUCUUUGAUUACAUUUUGACAUGAGGCUGUCAUUUCAUUUUUUUUCUGUGAGAAGGUAAAACCUUGUAAGCAGUGGUAACUAUCAUCAUGGAGACCAGCAGCCACCAGGAGGGACCCACAUUGGAAGACCACCAUAGGUUGCUGGAAGCCAUCCGAAAUGAAGACAUCAGAUUGGCCAAACAACUGCUGGAUAAGGGGACUGAUGUCAAUUUCCAGGAAGGGGAAGGGUGCUGGGCCCCUUUGCAUAUUGCAGUACAAAACUGCAGGGAGGACUUUGUGCAUCUUCUGCUUGACCAUGGUGCCGAGCCACUUCUGAAGAAGAGCAAUGGGGCCACCCCUUUCAUCAUCGCUGGGAUCAUGGGAGACAAGAAGCUGCUCCAGCUCUUUCAUUCCCUUGGAGCCGAUGUAAAUGAGAGCGACAAUCACGGCUUCACAGCUCUCAUGGAAGCAGCUCUGUAUGGCCAUGUGGAUGCAUUACGGUUCCUGUGUGAAAUGGGAGCAGAUGUGAAUCUGAGACAAAAGACAGGGCAGGAGCAAGAGAGGCUCAAGAAAGGAGGGGCCACAGCUCUCAUGCUCGCUGCUGAAGGAGGCCAGGAGGAGGUUGUGAAAGUCCUCCUUAAAGACAUGAAGGCAGAGGUUAAUGUCCAAGACAACAGGGGCAGAAAUGCUUUAAUUUAUGCCUUUCUGCAUUUCGAUAACACAAAAGUGAAGGCCAUCACCCGCCUCCUGCUGCAACACGGGGCUGAUGUCCGAGUGAGGGAUGAGAAAGGGAAGACCCCACUCAUCCUGGCUGUGGAGAAGAAGCACUUGGGUUUGGUGCAGAUGCUUUUGGAUCAAGAACAUCCAGAGAUUGAUGCAACAGACAGGGACCUCAAUACAGCACUGCUGCUGGCUGUCCAGCACAGAUUGAAUGACAUUGCCAUGUUGCUGUGCACCAAAGGAGCCAGCACAGAUUGCGGAGAUCUGGUCAUGAUAGCGAGGCGGACUUACAACAGGCCCCUGGUGACCUUUCUUCGAGACAAUUGUGGAGCCAAAGAUGAUUUUCACUCUCCACUCAGAGAGUGGGAGUCUCAGAGCACUCGCUGGGGGAAAGCACUGAGACAUCUCCACAAUAUCUACCGCCCAAUGAUUGGCAAACUCAAGAUCUUUAUUCACAAGGAAUAUAAAAUUGCUGACACUUCAGAAGGGGGCAUCUACUUGGGGUUCUAUGAAGAUCAAGAAGUAGCUGUGAAACGAUUUUAUGAAGGCAGCAUGCAAGGCUCAAAGGAAAUCUCCUGCUUACAGAAGAGCCGCAAGAACAGCCACCUGGUGAAGUUUUACGAAUGUGAGACCUACGGGGGCUGCCAGUACGUGUGCCUGGCGCUGUGCGAGCGGACCCUGCAGGAGCACUUGGACAGCUCCAGAGGGGAGGCUGUGGCACACACACAAGAUGAGUUUGCCCAGAAUGUCUUCUCAUCGUUAUUCAGGGCUGUAGAUGAACUUCAUCAGUGUGGAUACACUCACCAGGAUUUACAACCACAAAACAUCUUAGUAGAUUCCAAGAAUGCUAUCUACCUGGCAGAUUUUGACAAAAGCAUUGAGAAGGCUGGUGAAAGAGAAGUCAAGGAAGACCUACAGGCCCUUGGACAGCUGGUUAUAUAUGUGACAAAAAAGGGAGACAUCCCUUUUGAGAAACUGAAGGCUAAAAGCAGUGACAAGAUUAUUCAGCUUGCUUCAGAUGAAGAGACGCAGGACCUCGUUCGUCAGCUAGUCAACCCUGAGGAAAAUGUCACAGGGCUCCUGGCUGACCUGUUGGGACAUCCUUUCUUUUGGAGUUGGGAGAAACGUUAUAGGGCCCUAGGGGAAGUGGGAAAUGAAUCUGACAUCAAAAGUCAAAAAUCUGACAGUGAGCUCCUUCAACUACUGAAAUCUGAAACACAGGGACAGUUGAGAAGUUUUGACCACUGGCAAGAAAAGAUUGAUCAUGCCAUUAUGCAGAAACAGAGAGAAUUUUAUGAAAAACUUGCUUCUAAAAAUGGAAAGAGCUACAGAAAACAGCCAUAUUGCAAAAGUGUGGAUGGCCUGCUAAAGUUCAUCCGGAACAUACAACAACACAUCAAGGAAGACAGGAAUAAAGACAUAAAGUCCAUUAUUGGCGAACCUGCCCGGUAUUUUCUGGAGAAAUUUCCAGAUCUAUUCAUGUAUGUUUACACUAAACUACGCAAGACAAAGUAUGAGAAGCUACUCACCUUCCAAACCAGCCUUGAAGUAUGAUGGAGACAAUGGUGGCCAGUAAGGUGACAGACACUGUCAGGACUCAGGGACUUACUGACUGGCUAUGGGAUUCUGGGUAUUCACAACUCUCUGGACUGCUUGGCUCACUUGGUUGUUGAGGAGGAUGAGAUAGGGAACUGAUGUGUCGGUUCUUGACACAGACUCCACAACACCACAUUGUAUUCUCUGUGUACAUGCACAUAUGCAUGCACUGCAUGCAUGUGAGUGCACAUGAGAGCCAGCACUUGCCCAAACACUUACCUACUCAGUCCUUCCUGUGAGUCUUUAAUGGCAGGAACUUGGAAGACAUCCUGCUAAAGAUUCUUCUUGUCAACUGCACUGUCCAGUGACAUAUGUGUCCUCACUUGAGAACUAUGACUUAUGGUCUCAGAAAAUGAACACAGGUAAUUGUGGCAGAUAUGGAAUUCAUAUAACUAGUGCCUAAACUCUUUAUAUCCUUCAUACAUCACACCAGGGCCCACUUUUCAUUGAGACAAGCUCCUCCCCCUUCAUAUGGUGCAGGAAAAAAGAAAGAACUCAUCACCAAGUGGAUCUCAGUUCCACAUGUGAAAACCCAGUAAAAACAAAAAUGUGCUAGUGUGCAUCCCAGUUCUAUGUGUGCAAACCCAGGACCCCCACUGUGUCCUGCAUUUGUCCCUCAACAGGUAGAUACAGGGGCUUGAACCCCAGUACACAUUUUUUAAAGUUAUUUUUGCUGUUGUUGUUAAUUUCACAUGAGUUUACAACAUUAUAUAAUUUUAUGGGUGCAAUUUUACAUCUAUAUAUGUGUUUAAGUCUCAUUACAGCCACCACCAAAUUCUAAUGCCAUUACUCACUCCUCCUAUACCGUAAUUUCUUUUUUU